AUGCAAAGAUCCGGUGAAGAUCCGGCGAAGAGAUUGUGCUGCUGCAACGCUUCUUAUCCUCUUGCCAGGCCCUCGAAAUACUACCACCCAGAGACCAUGCCAAGAGGGACAGGUAAAGGGACUCGAGGGUUUGGCUCAGCACAAAACACGGCGGGUAGGAAUCCUCCCCCUCCCCUCCCCCCUCCUGGUGCGUUCCUCAAUGACAGCCUAAGGCUAGGCGGGACCGGGGCUGAGAUUUCUGCACGCAAGGGUCGAUACUCCUUGUUGUGGAUUAUCACGAGGAGACUUGGGAUAGAUAAGCCUCUCGAGAAGUAUCAAGAGGCCCCUCGAUGGUUACCAUUCUUGGCGGUAAACGGCUCUAUCCUAUACCUCCACCAAACUGCUGCUAACCGUAGAUUUAUUGACAACUGCCCGCUCGGUAUUAAUCAUUGCUGCCCCAUGCCUAAGCGGGAGCAAAGUGUUAUGUUUGACUCGAGGAAACAGGUCUAA